AUGGAAAUUGAUCCUGAAUUUGAAAACGAUUUCACAUCCUUGCAUCAAUUAGAGUCCAACAAGACAAUUGAAACUUCCUAUGACGGUGGGCUACGAUCUCCUCAGGAUCUGAAUAUUGCUCACUUAGCAGUUAGGCGUGCAGAGCAAGGAAGACCAACUCAAUUGAGUAGUUUCAAUGUCAAUGUCAACAUGAAAGCUAAUUCUGAUAUUUAUGCUCAAAAUACUGGAAGCGGUAAUAGUGAAGAUAAUAGUAUACUGUCCCAACACACUGCAGCUCCGGAAUUUAAAGUAAAGCUUGUGGAAUAUGAUCCAAAUUCUAAACCAGAAAGAUUGGGGCGUCCAAGGAAGCACAUAACGAAACCAUCAUCACCACCAGAAACGUCUUCAGCACAAAACCAUAAUGAAGCGCUUAUUUCCAAGUUUAGAUUUGAUAACCAACCUUUGGAAGGACCCGGCUCUCGAGGGGGGAAAACUAUUAUCCGAGUUCCUAAGGGAAAAUUGACAUCAAGUGCAAGAAAACGAAAACAUCAAUCAACACUCAAUUUCAGCCCUAUCCAGCAUCCUAAGUUAAAUGAAACUAAAAAGGAUGAAGAAACUGCAAACCCCGAAAAUUUCAAAGAAUCAAAGGUAACAAAAGAAACUGAUGAAAGUGGUGAAAUUGAAAAAUCAAAGGAAGCAAAGGAAGCAAAAGAAACUGGGAAUUUAGAAGCUCUUCAGAAAUCAUCUCCUACCCAGCACAAGGUGAAUCUGUUAUGUACUGCAUCUGUGAAGGAAAAUCAAGAAACUAAACAAGAAACAAUUGAAUCAUUAUUGCAUUCAAGCCGACAGCCUGCGUUAGGUGUUUCAAAAUCAUUGAAGAAGGUAUCUGCCAUGUCUUCUCCAUCAUCUCUGCCGUCGCUAUCGCCAUCAUUGUCUACUCCCUCGUCGAUCUUGUCCACUACACUCUCCGGGAAUCAUAGAAAACCCCUUGCGUCUACAAAAAGAAAUCCAAAGUUACUACCAUCCCCUUUGGUGCCAGUCAACCUAAUUAGUGACUCAUAUGCAUCCGAUAAUUUACAAAUCCCCGAAAACUUGGACCAUCUUGCUUUAGGCUUUCCUUUAAGAAAUUCACUGUUUGGACGUUACGUCGUAUUUUUGAUCACAUAUUUGACAAAAUUUGGAGAUAUCGUUGGGUUUCCCUACAAGUUUGGUCCAAAAGACUUUGAAAUUGGACUUGGUCUUAAUUUCGAGGUAGGUUUAGAGACUGAACCUGGAAGUAAUACAGAUAAUAUUACUGAUGCUACUAAUCCAGAGACUAAUAUGGAUAGUAGGCUGCGGCUGCGGCUGCUGCUGCUGCUGCUGCUGCAGGUGGUGGUGACGGCACCACCACGUGUUUCUAAAGAGAUGAAUGAUUUAUUUAAAAAAUUACUUGGACUUAUUUUAAACAGAAAGAAGCAUAUUCAAAGUCACACAAAAGCUAUUCAAGAAUUGAAGCCGCAGACUAAUAAAUUAGGUAUGCCUUUAGAGUGGAAGCAAUAUAAUUCAUUUGACCGCCCAGAAUAUAUUGUUGGAAGUCCUGUUGAUCCCAACCAUGCAGAAAUUUUGAUAAAUGAAUACCCUAUUGAGAGUGAAUAUGUCAACACUUUUAAUCCAUUUUAUGAUAGUGACUUUGAAAACUUAGGCCUCGAUGGAUUGGCAAACCCCAAAGACCGAUUGGUUAUGUUACAUACUUUGGCAAUGUGGUCUCUAAAUACCUCGGAGGUACUAAAAUCUUAUAUGACCCAGAAUAUUCAAGCACAAGAUAUGCCGGGCGAAAAAGAGACAUACUAUGGAGCAAGAGCUGUGUUAAAUGGCUUUAACAAUUGUGAACAUAUGAAACUAAGAACUGUACAACGUCUUUCAAAGAUGAAAUCAAGUCAAGAGGAUUUGAAAUACGUUGACCCCACAAGUGACCCUAGAAACCAUUCCAUGAAUAUCCGAUUGGUUGAAAACAUUGCGGGUGAUUUAGGUUUCCGUGGCGGAAUCUUUUACUUGUGUCGAAGCGCAGAUGAGGAUGCCGGAGGAUUAAGUUCAGUUCAAAAGAUGUCCAAUGUUUGGAAAGAUUCGAAAACCACUCUUUUAGGCACUUGUUCAGAUUUCAAGUUAUAUGUGCACGAUAUAGCGCAGACUUUAGCGGAUAGCAUGCCUAUGAGUGAUGUACAAGUUGAUGAAAACGACAACGAGAAAAAAGUAGCGAGUAAUUAUACAAUAGACUUGGAUAAGAAUUGGUAUGAAGUUGCUUCUAAUUGCACAGAGUUGCAAGAUUUUAUCAACUACCUUGAUGAAAAAUUGAGUAAUGAGUUACAAACAUUGAAGCGUACAUUAUUUUACAAAUCAGUUGAGAAUUUACACAAUUAUUUAUCUGGCAUCUUUAAUCUACUCCAGAGACACGAGGAAAUUGCAUCAUCGGCAAGGAUAAAAAGAAGAAAGGUGGUAGACUAUAGUAAUAAUGGAGCAGGAAAUGUAUUUGAGCUGGCUCAUGAGUGGUUCGAAGAUGAAAACAAAGGUGAGCACGAUGAGCUAGACGAACAAGAAUAUGUUGACGAUGAGCUAGAGAAUGAUGAUGCUCUUGUCGAGGAUGCAAAUGAUGAAGAUGACAAAGACUAUUUAGACUAA